CAGCUUCUCAAAGGAGAUACGAUCUAACAAACUCACUCAUUCAAGAAAGAGAACUUACCACCUGACAGAACGAUGGCCUCCAAGUUAAGUGAAAUGACGAUGUCUUUGGACUAUGCAUACGACAUUGACAGUGCAUUUGACUCCGACAGCACUGAUCCACUAGCCAUGAGUGGGCGAUGCAAUGUGCAUGAAAGCAUCGAAGUGGAGGUGUGGACGCAUCCUCACAACAGUAUGAAGCAGGUGGUGAACCUCAUUGUUGCUCUGAACAGAAUGAAUGGCCUCAAACCACAGUCACCUGAAUUUGGGGAUGAUGAACUGCUCGGUAGAUUCAUGAAGAAUGUAAUUGAAGAGCGGAAUGUGAAUUGGAAUUCGGAAAUAGAGGAAUUCGUCAAUAAGAGCAGCCGGACCUUGCAGUUCACCAUGUGCGAUACGUCCCAGAAAAGUCUUGUGCGGAGUGGUGUACAGUAUCAUUUGCAGGCCGUGACAUUAAUAGCAGCCAACACUGAGCAGAAAGUUCGGUUCAAUCUAUCAACAUAUAGAUCUCCUCCACAUACUACCUCCCAGCCGGUGUGCCUGGGAAUUUCCGGGAGCAACCUCUACCUUGCUUGUACCAAGGAAAACCCAAAGUACAAACCUACCCUAGUCUUAAAGGUGGUCACUGAUACCUUAAACACCAGCACAACUGAUGAUCCAAAUGGGAUCCUCUUCUUCUGGAAAGAGACUGGCGCGGCUGUCUACACUUUUGAAUCUGUUAAAUAUCGCGGAUGGUUCAUUAGCACAUCCACUGUUGAUCAUGAGCGAGUGAACAUGUGCAAGGAAUCAGCUGUGGACCGCAUCAUGAGCUUCCAGCUGAACGAUAAAAUCCUAGUCCAUAGUAAAGUAUCAGAUUUGAUUGAGUACCAUGUGACAGUUGCGAAGAGGUGCACUAACAUGGCAGAAGAAAAGAGGGAAGCUUUAGUACAGAAACUUAAGACUUUGUUAAAUGAUGGCACAGUCGCAAUGACCACGGACAUGUGGACAGAGGAUUAUCGGAAGAUUAGUUAUUUGACAAUCACAUGCCAUUUCAUAAAUGAGGAUAUGGAACUGGUGAAUAAAACCCUGACAACUACAAUGUUCCCUUUGGAAGAGGCAAAGACGGGAGAAAAUAUCAGACGGGAGAUACUGAAACUACUGGUGACAAAGUUUGGCCUUGACGCUUCCUCUCUCAGCAAAAUUGUAUGGGUGACCGAUGAGGGGGCAAACAUUAAAUUAGCUCUGCGGCCAUACCAGAGAUUGGACUGCAUUGACCAUCUCAUCAAUACGGUACUGCGCCAUGGACUCGACAUUGCCGAGUUAUCCAAAGCCGACGGUGCUCCGGACAUAGGAGAUACCAUUUCUGGUGCUAAAUCAUUAGUGAGGUACCUUAAACAGUCGGGGUUGGCUGCACAACUGUCAACAACAUUGCUGCAAAUGGGAGACACUCGGUUCAGUACGGUGUACCUCACACUGACUUCUAUACAGGCCAUUUAUCAUGAGCUCCAUGAAAAGCUGGAGGCGCGAGGAGAGAGCGCGCGCAUUGAGAAAAUAGCACCAGACACACUGGACUUUUUGAUAAACUUUCUGAAGCCGUUCUAUGAAGCACAGCGGGAACUUGAGGGAGACAAGUAUCCAACACUUAAUAGUGUGUGUCUCUGGAGUGAGAAACUGAAACGCCACUGUGAGCCCAAUGUCCUGGACUCCCCUCAGCAAGCUGUCGUGCGUAAACGGCACGAAGACUGGCUCGCGUGUAAAGUGAUCAUACAGGACCUCCACCAGAUCGCAACAUUCCUCUGGCCAAAAUUUAAUCAGCUGAGAAUGUUAUCACAUUCAGACAGGAAUGCCGUACAUGCUCAUGUCCGCACUCUUCUGCAAGCCAUGGCUGCAGGUGCACCAGAUGUGGAGAUUCGAGAACCAGAGCUCUCCGGAGUCGAACCCAGUGACAGUCCUCCGGCAAAAAGGGCGAAUUUUGCGGAGUGGGAAAAUGUAAGGCAAGCUGACUGGGAAGAUGACGAGGUCACUCGCUACAUUGAAAUGGCUGCUGUCAUGGGAAAUGAAAUGGAUGUUCUUGGCUGGUGGAAGGCCAACAAUCCAUCCUACCCAAAACUUGCAAAAUUAGCCAGAUCAGUACUAUGCAUCCCGGCCAGUAGCAGCAGCAGUGAAAGGGUGUUCAGUGCUGCUGGACGCACUAUCAGUGAGCGCAGGACCGCGCUGAAGCCAUCUACAGUGGAUUCAAUAAUUUUCCUCCACAAAAACAUAACGAUGGCCUCCAAGUUAUGUGAAAUGACGAUGUCUUUGGACUAUGCAUACGACAUUGACAGUGCAUUUGACUCCGACAGCACUGAUCCACUAGCCAUGAGUGGGCGAUGCAACGUGCAUGAACGCAUCGAAGUGGAGGUGUGGAUGCAUCCUCACAACAGUAUGAAGCAGGUGGUGAACCUCAUUGUUGCUCUGAACAGAAUGAAUGGCCUCAAACCACAGUCACCUGAAUUUGGGGAUGAUGAACUGCUCCGUAGAUUCAUGAAGAAUGUGAUUGAAGAGCGGUAUGUGAAUCGGAAUCCGGAAACGGAACGAAUCACAAAUUAUUCCUACAAGAAGAGCAGACGGAUCUUGCAGUGCAACGUGUGCGAUACGUCCCAGAAAAGUCUUGUGCGGAGUGGUGUACAGUAUCAUUUGCAGGCCGUGACAUUAAAAGCAGCCAACACUGAGCAGAAAGUUCGGUUCAGUCUAUCUACAUAUGUAUCUUUAAAGUCCAGUGUGCCUAACUCCCAGCCGGUGUGCCUGGGAAUUUCCGGGAGCAACCUCUACCUUGCUUGUACCAAGGAAAAGCCAAAUGACAAACCUUCCCUAGUCUUAAAGGUGGUCACUGAUACCUUAAACACCAUCCCAGCUGAUGAUCCAAAUGGGAUCCUCUUCUUCUGGAAAGAGACUGGCGCUGCUGUCUACACUUUUGAAUCUGUUAAAUAUCGCGGAUGGUUCAUUAGCACAUCCACUGUUGAUCAUGAGCGAGUGAACAUGUGCCAGAUAUCAGAUAUGGACCGCAUCAAGAGCUUCCAGCUGAACGAUCAAAUGGCGUCUGGUAAAGUAUCAGAUUUGAUUGAGCAGACCCCUUUCCAGAGAGUAUGUACCAAGUACAAUCUAUAAUCUGGAUUAGUCUGUUGUUAUUAACCUGCUAGAUCUUGAUUGGAAGAUGUUUUUAAAUUAUAUAAUUUUUUGCUGUAUAAAUGUGAGGAAUAUGUUGUUGGAAUGGUAACGGGUAAAUUCACAUUGAAUUCUUUGUCAGGUAUGAAUGUUUUUCUAUUGGAUAUGUAUUAUUGUAACUAUUCGUAUUUAAUAUUUAUUUUAAAUUAAUGUAUCAUUGAAAAUCAAACUUUUAUUUUACACAUGAUUUUUGUACUUAACUUUCAAUAAACUGAA